AUUUUUGUGGAGUUGGUGGAAAAAAAAAUAGAAGUUAGGAGAUUUUGACAUCAAGGGGAAGGACUAGGGGAGGCUCUCAAUCCACCAACCGACACUACAGAGUCCCUUUUGUGUUUUUUUGUUAGCUGUUCAUCUUUUCUUUCUCAGCUCACCUUUUUCUCUUUCAGAUCACUCAAGAUUUUCAUCCUUAAUUUCAGAACAAAAAGAACUCUGAUACUCAGGAACCCUCUAGGCAAAAAAAAAUUCUGGUCUAUGUGGAUUGUUGACUGCAUCACAUCUUUUGAAGAUUCAUACCUAUCAGUUCCUUUUCUAGUUUCACAUUACAAUCAGAGUGAAACAUGAAAUUGGUGGAGAAGAUAGUAGACGAGGAGGUUAUGGUUUUUGUACAUUAUUAGAGGUUUCUUUAUUCAAGGAUUGUGCAUAUGGAUCACGAGACAGGCGCAUCGUUGGAUUCUGUGCCUUCAGAUAAUAUGAGUUGUGAGCAUGGUGAUUUUGAAUGCAAUAUCUGCUUUGAAAUAGCUCAAGAUCCUAUUGUGACUCUUUGCGGCCACCUUUAUUGUUGGCCUUGUCUUUGUGAAUGGUUGCAAGUUCAUUCACAUUCCCACGAAUGUCCAGUUUGUAAGGCUCUCAUUGAAGACCAGAAGUUAGUUCCUAUAUAUGGUCGAGGCAAGACAAUCUCUGACCCAAGGUCUCACAUACGUCCAAGGAUGAACAUUCCUAACCGUCCAGUAUUUGGGCCAAGACCACAAACAGCUCCAACACUAGAUAUGAACUAUUUCCGACCUGAUGAGUUGGAUCAAAUGGGGGGAUUUAUGCCUAUGGCCAGUGCAAGGUUUGGAAACUUGACAUUAUCUACUCUAUUUGGAGCUAUUCCAUCUUUUUUUAAUCUUCAUGUGCAAGGAUUUCAUGACGCUACUGUAUACGGUGCAACGACGGGAGUUCCAUACCUCUUCUCUAGUUCACUUCAUGGGGGUUAUGCUCAUGGAUUUCAUCAUUCAAUCCAUGUAGAUGGUACAAAGUUUUUUAUUAAGAUGUUUCUCUUGAUUGUCGGUUUCCUCUUGGUUGUUUCCUUAAUUUUGUAGAGAAUCCCAUAAAUUAAGAUGUAGAAUUGUUAAUCAUGUGUGUAUACAUCUUUAGAGUAGUUGACUUA